AUGACACAGGGGCCGAUGGACUACGUGGACGUUCGAGAGCAAUCGCAAGUGAUCUUGAGGUUUCGCAAUUAUGUUCCUCGAGACGUCGCCCUCAGGCGAUUCUGCCUUCCACGGCCGUCUGUCGAAGAACUAGAGAAGCAGAUUGACAAAGAAGCAACUGAUGCUGUCAAUUCAGCCGCCAGUGAGGAUGUGGUGUCUCAGAUAGCACCCCGGCGGCCGAACUGGGAUCUGAAGCGGGAUGUGGAGAAAAAGCUCGCAGUGCUUUCCCGGAAGACAGAUAGGGCUAUAGUCGAUCUGAUUCGUGUGAAAAUCACGAACAGCGGCACUGUACAAGCUGUUUCGAAAUCCCCUACCGAUGUUUCAGAAGAAGCAAUUUCGCACCAGGACCGGGAAAUCGCUCACUCACUAGUAAACGCUAUGCGUGACUUAGAGAAACUUGAAGACGAAGACGGUGACUGA